AUGAGGCUUCUCGCCGGACUACUCGCCGCUUCUGCCCUCGGACAGGCGGCCUCGUCGAAGCGCGGACUCUGCUUCACGCCAAACGAGAAUCACCCCGAGGACAACCAAGUCUGGGUCAAGCCUGGUAGUGACCUGAAAUGGUAUUACAACUACCAGAGCCUCCCUUCCCCCGCCUACGCCGGUCUGAGUCAAGAAGAGCUCGAGUAUAUUCCCAUGAUGUGGGGCCUCGGUCCCAAUCCCAAUGACACGACCUUUUUUGACCAAGUCAAGAAGCUCGUGGACGAGGGGAGGAAUAUUCAGCGCGUACUGGCUUUCAAUGAGCCGGAUGCCGACGCCAGCGUUGGCGGAAGCAACGUCAAGCCCCAAGACGCGGCCCAGGCCUGGGUUGCCAAUUUUGAGCCCCUUGGCAGGAUGGGCAUCAAGCUUGGCCUGCCGGCCUGCACCGGCGGUCGUGGAGGCCUGCCUUGGCUGAAGCAGUUCCUGGGGAACUGCUCAGACUUGGUGAGCACGGCCGGUGAAAGAAAGAAUUGCACCUGGGACUUCCUGCCGGUCCACUGGUACGACAACUUUGCCGGGCUUGCCUCUCAUAUUGGCGAGCGCAAGGCUACAUGGCCAGAUGCAGAGAUUUGGAUAACCGAGUACGCCUAUGCGCACCAAGACCUCGGCCCGACUCAAGACUUCUUCAAGCAGACGGUUGACUAUUUUGACAAACUCGACUACAUCGGCCGCUACUCGUACUUUGGCGCCUUUAGAGCAAACAAGGCAAACGUUGGGCCCAACGCUGCCUUUCUCAGCAACGGGGGUCAGCUGACAGACAUUGGAUCCUGGUAUCUGGGCUUUGACGCCACUGGCAAUGGCUUCAUCAGAAAUGCGGGGGACAUGUACAUAUGGUGA